AUGGCAGAUGGCGUAGCCUGUUGCGUUGUUGAGAAGUUUGCAGAUUACACAGUCGAUCCAGUUUUGCGCCAAAUCAAGUACUUGUUCAACUACGACAGUAACAUUCAGAAUUUGCGGAAUAAAGUUCAAGAACUUAAAAAUAAGAGCAAUGACGUGAGACGACUGGUUGAUGCUGUCGAAAGAAAUACUGAAAUCACCAGGGAAGUAGUUUCGGCAUGGUUGGCAAAGGUCGAUGACUUAAAGGAAAGAGCCGAUAGAGUUUUGAACGGAGUAGCAGGUUCUGAAAUGGGGUGUGUAUUCAAUAGAUGUCCAAAUUUGAAGUCUCGUUACUUAUUAAGCAGGAGAGCCACAAAAUUGACUAUUGAGGCUGAUAAUCUCAAAGUGGAAGGCACAUUUGAGAGGGUGGGCGAUCCUCGAUCGCUGGAGCAAGUGUUCAACCUAACUUCCCAUAAGGUUUUCGAAACAAGGUUAUCAACUAAGAAGAAAAUCAAGGAAGCUCUAAAGGACAAAGAUAUCAGCAUAAUUGGGAUCUGUGGCAUGCCUGGAGUUGGCAAGACAACAAUGGCAAAGGAAAUAGUCAAUGAAGUCAAAGAUGAGAAAUUAUUUGAGGAGGUUGCAUUUGCAGUUGUAUCUAACGAUCCAGACAUAAACAAAAUUCAGGACCAACUUGCCGAAAUGCUUGGUCUAGAAAUUAAAGAAAACACAAAUGUAAUGAGAGCCGGACGACUUCGUCAAAGACUUGAAGUCAAAGAUGGUAAAAGCAUUCUUGUAGUAUUAGACGAUGUGUGGAAAGAUAUUGAUUUGGGAACUAUAGGAAUUCCAUCUCCACAUGAUCGCAAAGGGUUGAAAAUUAUGUUUACAACACGAAUUGAAGAAAUGUGUAGUGAAAUGGAAGCCCAAAGGUUCGAAAUCAAAGUUUUGGAUGAAGAGGAAGGAUGGCAACUUUUCAAGGAUACGGCAGGGAUUUCUGAAUAUGAAACUGAUGUCGACCUCGUAAGAAUAGCCAGAGAAGUUGCAGAUGAAUGUGGAUGUCUACCUCUUGCGCUAGAGAAACUGGAAGAGCUGUGCUUGGGAGGUAGCAUUCCAGAAGAAGGUGAAGACCAAAGGUGCAUAAUUGAAGAGUUAAGUUCAUUGACUUCUCUUCAUACUUUCCAAAUUUCCACACCUGAUCCGAUUCUGAUGCAAAUAUUAAAAGCACGGUGCCUCGAGAAUCUGGAUAAAUUUGAAAUCCGUGGAACCGCACCACCACCACCCACAAGUACCAACAAUCAAUAUUUCACAAGGAGCUUGAGUCUCGAAGACGGUAUUGAGGCAAGUAUGCUUUUGCUACCCGUAUUUAACUCGUUGAUGAAGAGGACUUGCCAUCUUCAUAUUAAAGGAGCCAAGGUACUGAAAAAUGUUGUGAGUGAGUUAGAUGGGGAUGGUUUCAUUCACUUGAAGACACUGUCUCUAUCAUAUGGUGAUUUCGAAUAUCUUAUUGAUGCUACCAACUCUAUUCCAAAUGGCACCUUCGGUAAAUUGGAGUCUCUCGAUUUGUAUAAUUUACCCAAGUUAAUAGAGAUAUGCAAUGAAAAUCUUCCAAGGGGUGUCAUCAAACCUCAAUUGUUCUGUAACCUUGUGAGGAUUGAGAUGAUUUUUUGUGACACAAUUAGAAGCUUGUUUCGGGGGUCAGUUGCAAACAGCUUGGUAAAUCUCCAAAAGCUAUACAUACGCGAAUGUCCAAUGUUAGAGGAAGUUGUUUCAACGGACGCACGAGAAAAUGAAGUUAACGAAACUUGCAAAAUGCUUGAGUUUCCAAAACUGAAGGAAGUCGACCUGCAAAUGUUGCCUAGAUUUAAGAGCAUCACAUCUCAAUCAAAUAGCGAUGUUGUUCGUCAAACAUUGUUCAACCAGGGCCACAAGCAAGUUGACCAUAGAAGGUGA